CGCAAGUACGUCUGUAUGCAGUGGAUAAAGUCCCUAGUGUGAGUGCGGCCCAACUCAGAAGUUGGUCACUCAAUAAGACAGUGUCACUCUGUCGAUCAGUACGGGCCAUUUGAAAUUGGCUCUGAACGACUUUCUAGGGCGCAUCUGACUGCAAUCACUUGGCGAAGUCCUAGCGCGAUUGGUUAUGACACUCGUCAGUCACUCAAUCCGUUAACUCGGGGGAGUCAUUCCGUCACUCACUUCGUGUUUGCUGGCAUCCGCGUACUCACUGUCUGUCAGUCGGCGAAUACUCACAAUCACACUACUCGCGUCUUUUCGGCUUUAAGUUAUCUCUGGACGUCUUUUGCGCUCAGAUUCCUCCCGCCGUGGCUGUAAAAUCGGUCAGAUACAUGCAGGAAAAUCCUACUGUGAGUAUUCCCUCAGUCACUUAAUUUUGCUCUCGCGCAUUCAGUCUCUCUAUCAAGUUAAACUCCCAUCAAUCUCGAGACAGUUCAGGUGUUCACUUCACGCAGUAUGUUCACUGCGACGCAUGUAUGGAAGCUGUACGCACGCAAUGCUUUUUCGUUUUCUUUCCCCCCCCCCCGCCCCCUCUUCGGUUCCAACGAUCGGUGAUGAUGCGAGACUGAUUGCCGCUGUCUGAGUGGUCCCGGAUAUAGGAAGCGAGUAGGUGGAUGAGAGGUCACCGUGAAGAUUGACGUGAAACUUCAUGGCAGCUGCACGGAACGUUCACAAUGGGUUCGUCCCGGAUUCGUCCACGGAAGCUCGAUCCCCUGAUCAGCACCGGCAACCGAUUUACAGUAAAGUCAUCGGCUGCGCCGAAGCAGCCUGCUAAAAGAUCGGUCGGUCGGUCGGCGGAUCGAUCCGUUGAAGCGAAGGCGAGUGGUGGAGGGGGUGAGAAAGAGAGGGGGAGGAAGGCGAGUAGGGACAUCACGGAGAGGGACAAAUCAAAGGGGGGGUUUGGUAGUGGGCAACGGGUCACGAUGGGUGUGAAGCUGCAAGUGCGCGUUGUUGAAGCCCGAGACCUUCUGGGCAAAGAUAUGAAUGGCUUCAGCGAUCCGUACGUCCGGAUACAGGUCGGAGCAUCAAAGGCCAAAACGACAGUCGUGCACAAGAAUCUGGAUCCCUACUGGAAUGAAGAAUUCCUGUUUAAUGUGGAGGAUCCGGAAAAGGAUGUGUUGUCGGUGUCUGUUUGGAAUGAGGAGUUCAUAAAGACCUCCUUCCUAGGGCAGCUGAAAAUACCAAUUCGAGAGGUGGCGGAUUACGCGGGAGCUUCCGCAACGGCUCUGCGGUGGCAUAAGCUGGAGAAGAGAUCGGAGAGGUCGCGAGUAAAUGGAGACAUUCGACUGGGCCUGGCACUGUUUGGAAGGGUGAACAACAACAGCAACAAUGGACAAUGCAGCAACAUGAUAUUGGACGGGGUAUCGCCCGUGCGAGCGGGGCCUUCUGCUUCAUUGACUCCAGUAUCCACAUCAUCAGCACAAGAAACUCCAUCCAGCUCGUCCUCUCCAGAUGAAUCAGAUGUAUCUGCUGCUUCAACCGAUCUUGAAUCUCCUUCCACGGUGGGCCUCUGGUCCUCUCUCCUAUCAACCCCAUUCUCCUUAGCUCGGAGCAUCUCCUCGUUGACUCCAAUGCCGAUGAUUUCCCCAAAGAAUGUACCGGCUUCCGAGGAACCAGCAGCUGGUUCCUGGCACCGGUCCAGGACUGUCAGCAGCCUGGAAGGGUCCAGUUCAGCGAUUUCCUUCAGUGGUCCUCUCAGCAAUGGACCAUUGACACCCCGCUGUUCUGUCCCUACUCCCACCACUCCAGGUGUCAGUGGCACACCACGUGGCACUUCGGUUAGCCAACAAGGGGCUUCAACAAGUUCUGCUGCUAAGACAGUACGAGAAGGGUGCUCGGGAGAGAUUACCUCUCUCAGGGGAUCUCCUUUGCUCUGUGCAGAUAGCCUACCAGUGUUCUUUGACAGCCAUGGUGCCACAACGGAGCUUACUGUCACCAACCCUAGACUGCUUGGAGAUGGAGGAGAGACCAUGCCCCCCCCUCUGUGUGGUGGUGUUCUAAUUGACCGCAAGUAUCACAUAAGCUGUAGAAAGAUGAAUGGGUUGCUCUUCAGCCCGGUUUCAGAGAUGCUAGAUGAACAGAGGAUAGCGAUGCAGAUGCGGCCGAUCGAGGAUGGACCAUGGCAGAGGACAGAAGAUGGUUGCAUUUCCCGCAAAGUGAUAUACAUGACUGGGGCUGGAUCUAUUGUCAAACCGGCCAAGGCUGUUGAGACACAGACUUAUGUUAAGGCUGAUACAAUGGGGUACGUCGUAAACACCAGCGUCAUCACUCCAGAUUUGCCCUAUGGGUCAACCUUUGCCAUUGAUAUGCAGUUCUGCAUAUUUCCUAUGAAGGCCCCAGCGAUGGCUGCACCUGCUGGGGUGGUUGGAAGUGACUCUGAUGCUGGGGGUGACAUGUGCAGACUCCGCAUCUCUUGGCAAAGUCGUUUUUUCCAAAGCUCGCUCGUUAAGGGGAUUAUUGAGAAGAACACAAAAGUGGGGCUGGAAAGAACAUACGAACAGUUUGCGGAAAUUCUGAGCAAAUAUGCGACACCUGCGAAAAAGAGGGGUGGAGUUGACUUGUUCUCAGCCUCCUCUGCAGAGGACCUUGGCAGCCAGAAAACAAACCCAGAAACUACAUGGGACUAUUUGGGACUGUGCUUUGCUAUUGUGUCCCUGAUGUGGCUGAUUUUCAUCUCCGCCCAUAUCUCAAGGGUCGGUUCAAAAUCGCGGCAAGGACUUGAGUUCUGGGGUGUUGACCUUCCAGAUUCAGUCCUUGAGUUUAUCUACACUGCUGUCACCGUUCUUGUUACAGAGAGGGUACUCUUCAAAGUGGCAGCACUUCUGCAUGCUCGUUCAUCUAAGAGGCCAACAUGGUGGCAAGUACAUGACAGCGCAGUGAAGACACAUGAAGAUUCAUGGCUGCUGACAGUCACAGUCCUUGAAGCACAUUCUUUGCCUAAUGCAAGUCCGCAUGGGUUUUCAGAUCCAUACAUUGUGAUAACAUGCAAUGGGAAAACACGGACAUCAUCGGUUAAGCUGCAAACAUUGAACCCAGUCUGGAAUGAGGUACUGGAGUUUGAUGCCAUGGCAGAUGCACCGAGUGUGAUGUCGGUGGAAGUGUUCAACUAUGAUGGGCCAUUUGCAGAACCUUUACUGCUUGGCCGUGGAGAGGUCAAUUUUCUAAUCCGAACUCCAGAGGAGCGGCAUGAUCUUUGGUUGCCUCUCCAGGGAAGGCAUGCACGGGCGGCGAACUCUGUACUCCGUCUCCGUGUUUCACUUGGCAAUUCCAAUGAGAACAGUGGCUCUGCAUUGAAUCCCCAAGUCAUUGAAAAAGUCAAGCAAGAAGUAGGGGCCAAGCUGCUAAAGCGCAAUGCCAGGAAGAAUGGAGCAUUUCAGAAACUAUUUUCAGUCACAGAGAAUGACUUUGUGAUCAAUGACUUCUCAUGUAGUGUGAAGCGUCCAAUUCCUCUGCAGGGCCGGCUCUUUCUUUCUGUAAGGGCUCUAGGAUUCUACUCCAAUAUUUUUGGACACAAAACAAAGUUCUUGAUCUUGUGGGAAGACAUAGAGGAGGUCAAGGAGAAUGCACCAAGCAUUAACAGUAUCAAUCGCUUGCUCAAUCCAUCGAUCACAAUGUACAUCCGCCAUGGCCGAGGAUUGGAUGCAAAAGCAGGGUCAUAUGGAGUAGAUGCUUCUGGCCGACUGAAGAUCAGAUUCCAAUCCUUUGUAAAACCUUGGUCUGCAUUCAGGAUCAUCCAUGUGCUAUGGAAGAAUCGGGCAUUGCCGCCUGAGUUGCAGCUUGAGAAAGUAGCAGAGGAAGAAGCAAGGAAUGACCAAAAGCAUCGAAGCGAAUGGGACAAGCAAGUAAGUCAACAAUAUCAUGUCAUCCCGAAUGCUAUCCACAGCUCCAUGGAUUCAGAUCGUAUUGGAUGAAAAAGCAAUAAGUGUUAUCGCCUUUGGGGGGAGAGAUACAUUUAUCGGUGUACAAUGACACAAUCACACCCCAGUGAAAGACGUGACCAAAAGGUUUUGACCUUGUGCCUGGGAGAACUGCCACAUCUGCCACUCUUCGAUUGUUGACCAUUGUUCGACGAAGAUUGGGAUGAUGGUACUAUGAUCUUCGUGGGAGCACAAAGGAGGAAGGCCUCGAUUGAAUGAUCUCCGAAAUUGAACCAACGUAAUGGAGUUGAGGACGCAUGUGCACCCAAUGGAAAGGGCAGGUCCCCGAAAGGAGCAGUAAUAAAUACAAUUACAAAAA